UUAACCGCAGCUUCUGGGAGGUAAAUUGCCUGCACACUUCCACUUCUGGGUGGUCUGCCUGUGUGGUACUUGGUUCAGCAAGCCCCAUUUGUGGGAAAUAGCCAGGCACAAAGGGUUUUAAGCAGGUCUGGGGACACAGGGGACAUCGUCUUAAAGGGGCAGUGUCCCAUUCUUCCUGAUGUCCCAAAAAGGUGUUUAAAGGGCCAGCACCAGUCCCAUAAAGAGUCCAUAAGCCACAAUAUGCCCACUGGCUGUCUUAAAGGGCCAUACACACCCAAUAAAAGUUUUCACCAUCUCCCAGGGGCCAUAGUCAUGUGGAAGGAGGCUGACAAAUAGGCUCCUCCAAUGCAAUGUGGCGAGAUUGGUCUCGUCACAUCUCUCCCCUUUUCCAAACAGACUAACAGGGUAUCUGACCUCCUGCCGGUCAGUGCCCUUGUUAGUCCAGCAGCCCACCCACAAAACACAAUCAACAGCACAGCCCACCCACAAUAAAUGGUUACUACACCUGGGUAGAGGAGAAGCAUGUCCAGGUGCCUCACCAUGGCUGUGCUGGGUACGGGUAUGCUGACUUGGUGGGUUGCUGCGUGGGCAGAGACCAGCGGUACGCUGCCCUGUUGCUAGCGCUACUGGGAGGGUAGCCUGGUUGAAGCCUGGUUGUUCGAGGGGGAGACCGACUGUCUCUCCUUUAGAUACACAGCUCUGCUGCUGGAGACCGACUGUCUCCCUUUUGGACACACAGCUCUGCUGCUGGGGGGCAGAACCGACCGUCCCAACCCCCUGUGCUGGACGUGCAGAGACCACGGUCCCAUUUGCACAGUAGUGGGGCUUACUGUCUCCCCCUGGUACAUUAAGCUGCCGCUGGGGAGAGGGGGUAACAAGCUCCUCUCCCAUACAUACUUCCAGCCGCGGGGGAGGGAGACCGACUGUCUCUGCUCCCAAUACAGAGUCCUGCUGCUGGGGAAAGGAGAAUGGGCUCUCUAUUCCCGGUAGGACACUCUGCCGCUGGGGAAUGGAGACUGGGCUCCCAAUUCCCUGCAAUUCAUUCUGCUGCUGGGGGACAGGAGCAACUAUCUCUGUCCCCUGUAACUCAGCCUGCCAAUGGGGAGGGAGGACGCUGCUCUCCUCUCCCUGCAAGGAACACCGCCGCUGGGGGACCUGUCUCUGCCCCCUGUAACUCAGCCUGCCGCUGGGGAAUGGAGCUUGGGCUCCCAAUUCCCUGCAAUGUCGGUGGAGAGACCUCGGUCCCAUCUCCACCCGCCACCUGGGGUUCCUCCCAGUAAAUCUCAACAAUGUCUUCCCAGCUGAAUUGGUCUGGAACUGGAUCUGUCAGCUUGCUGUCCUGCUGAGCCUUCUCAAUGGAGUGGUAGAGAUCUUGGUAGUCCUGCUCCAGUUCCCACUCCAGGGUUGCUAGGUGAGCCAGGUCUUGCUCAAUUUCGUGAGUGUCGUCCCAGUCAUACCUGCUCUCCCUCCACUCCAAGAGAUCACUGAACCAAGGUUGUGUAGGGCUCCCAAAUUCAGGCUCUAAAAAAGCCUCCCAUAACAAGCCAGGACCAUCAAACUCCUCUCCCUCUGGCUUGUCAUGCUCGCUGUCCAGGGCAGGUACUGUGCCCCAUACCACCAGAGCGCCUGGUAGGCAUCUUCCAGCCAAAUCUCCUGCCAUACCCGGUGCUCCAAUUCCUUCACCCAUUCAUCCAGGGGCUGCUCUCCCAGGAAGGGCAUCCCCAGGGCCACUUGCUUCUGCAACCGCUGCUCUUCACUGGGGAGACUCUCGCCCCGCUGGUAUUGUACAUUAUCCAGGGCCUGGUACCAGAUGCCUUUCCUUAAUGCAUCCCGGCCAUCCAGGUCCUCCUCCUCGUAUGACACUGCUGGUUCCAUUUUGUUGCUGUCAGGGUCGCUUUACUCAGACAUGCGUUGCUCUCAUUAACAUACCGAACGUGUAAAUAUGCUGUGUAGACGAACGGCUGAAAAACCGGACGGCUUGAAUUAAGUAGAGCAGAAUUAGCCAAACGUGACAGUAAAGUGAGGACCUGAACCGUAAUUGAUGCUGUGGGACUUGUUGCCUGGCGUAAUGGUUAGGUCUACUUACUGUUUGACAGUCACUAGGACGUGAUCCGUGGCGAUAGUAAAGGCAGGAAGCUGAUCCAACAGAAAUCUGCAGUAGGAUUCCUGGACACAGCUCAGCGAUGGGAAAACAUCAUGGGCAACAGAAGUACUCCAAAAUGGCGACUGGAUGAACCGGAAGUGCAUUCAGACGCUGACCUUGAUCGGUGUGGAGUCAGGUAAGGGUUGUACCUUAUAUAGGGGAGUGAAAUAAUUUAAGCCCCUCCCACAAAUACAGCCUUAAUACAUAUAUACAUUCUCUCUUUCCCUUUCCUUCGCCCCCUUCUCCCCGCGCGCGCUCUCGCCCCUUCUGCGCGCGCUCUCCCCUUCUGCCACAGUUGCAAGAAAUAGUAUGUGAAUCAACCCAAGGUAUUGCAAAUGGGGUAUGUCCAGUCUUUUU